UUUUCGAUAACUGUUGCUAGAUGAUGUAUAUAAAUGAAUACAUCAAUUUAUAGUCUGAGAACUUAACGUUUACUCAGAUUCAAAUUUUAUAUCAAAAAAUGGAUACACGUACAGCGAAUUUAAAUGACAAAUUGUGAUAAUUAAAAGAAUAUAUUAUAACAUCAUAUUGUAAAUAAAGAUUUGUUUGAAAAAGAUUUGUCUUAGUUAAUAAUAAUUUGGAUAUUUUGUCGAGGAAGUAUUCUGCAUUGUAAUAUUCAAGCAACAGAAAUAUCAUUUGUAUCCGAGCAAUUAACUUGAACGUCAUAAUUUUUUAUUUGCGUUCAUUUCGUUAAAACAUUAAAUAAUUUCUUAACAAAAAAUGCCAAGCACUAAGGCGAACGCAAACUCAACUAAUCAGAAUAAAAGGAAAAGAAAAGUAUCUAAAUCUAUUCAGUGUGAUAUUCAAAACGAUGAGAUAAUUCAUUUGCAAGAACAAUUAAAAUUAUUGCAAUUAGAAAAUGAAACUCUGAAGAAGCAUGUCGACGGUAAUCCUGUAGCUUUUAAAAGCUUAUCACCGGAUACUAAUGUGAGUGGCAGACGAAGUCCACGAAUAAACAAAAAUUUGAUGACAACAAAAUCUCGAAUAAUGAAAAAUACAAUGAAUCAAAAAACUUGUUCUUGCAAAGGUAAUUGUUCUACCAGAACAUGCGGUUGUGUUAAGAAUCAACGUAAAUGUGGUCCGACUUGUAAAUGUAACGAUCAAUCUUGUACAAAUCAGGAAUUAGAAAAUAAGGAAAAUAUGGAAAGUACGCAGAAUAAAAUAUUUGAUGAAACACUAAACUUAGAAAAUGCACCUUUGAAAGGUGAAACCAUACAUCAGCACUUAUUCUCUCCUACAGAUACAUUGCAUGAAGCUACAAUUAACAUUAAAAUGGAAGAAAUAUCUUUUAAAAUUAAAAAGCAAUUAGCUUAUGAUUCUGAUGAAGAUACUAAGAAAAGAAUUGUAAAAAAGAACUUAAUCAAAAAGAAAAAAAUUAAGCAACGAAACGAAGAUAAAAACGAUAUCCCUACGGUGGAUACAAAUUUUGAUCCUAUGAAACCUAAUCGUCAAUUGCCACGAACACCACCACGAAGCAGUACGGAAAACGAAUCUUAUAAUCUUUCAACGAUCAUUGAAACAUCUUCAGAGAAAGUCGAAAAUAUUUUACCAAAAGAAAAUAUUCCAGAAGAAUUAAAUCAAGAAAAUGUAGAUUUGGAUAAGCUGAGUAUAGUAUUUGUUAAAUGUAGUAAAUGCGAACGAAAAUUUUAUCCAUGGAGAGUAAAAGUACACGAAAAUGCCUGCCAUAAGUUAUAAUAGACUAUUAACUUUUAGAGUUUUUACUACAUUAACUUUUUUUUUUUUUAAUAAAUUAAUUAUCUAUAAUAAAUAUUUGUGAUGUUAAUUAU